AUACUACGCAUCACAACUUUUCAACACUAAUAUCGAUAGCAUCAUCAAAUGUUUUUCAUAUUAAAUAUCAUCUCCAAAAUUUCUCUUUCCGCUUGUCAUCCUUUUCAAGAGCAGUCGCUACAAAAACUAAAGAAUCUACCCAUUUUAUUUUUGGAGACACCUACUCAAGAAAGAUGACCAAGGGAACUACGAGCUUUGGCAAGCGCCACAACAAGACGCACACCAUCUGUCGCCGGUGCGGGAACUCCUCGUAUCACCUCCAGAAGUCGAAAUGCUCCCAGUGCGGCUAUCCCUCGGCCAAGUGCCGGUCCUUCAACUGGUCCCGAAAGGCCAAGGGUCGCAAGGCCCAGGGAACUGGAAGGAUGCGGUAUCUGAAGAAGUUGCGGCGUCGUUUCCGCAACGGUUUGCGUGAGGGAGGCUCCUCGACCAAGAAAUCCAACUAAAUCCAGAAAGGUCCCGAAGAAGACUAAUAAAGCCCAAGUUUAACCCUGGA